GGGAAAGAUGUGAGAACACUUCGGCUCUCGGUUCGGUAACGAGCGUGUCCGGAACUCUCCUCCCUCCCGGCCGGGCUGAUGUGAACACACAGCCUGGGUUGGCUCCUCGUCAGAGAGCUCGCACAUCUCCGCGCGUGACGGCUCCGUCCCCCCUCACUCUUCUCUUUAAGAUUCCGCAGUUUGACAAGACGCCGCAUCCUCCCCUCUCCUGACUUUCACGGGAAUCCGGUGUCUCUUCUGUUCGGAUUCAACCAAGUUAAAUAAACCGGGAGUUUACCAUGACAGCCACCAAGGAGCAGCCGAACCAGAGGCAGAACCAGCCGCAGCAGGAUGAGGACCUGGGGGGGGGUAUUCCUCCACAGAGGAACUGGAAAGGCAUUGCCAUCGCCCUGCUGGUCAUCCUGGUGGUCUGCUCUCUCAUCACCAUGUCCGUCAUCCUCCUCACCCCGGACUCAGAAGUCAUCUACAGAAACAGUGAUGGCCACGUCAUCAAGUUCAACAUCCUGACAAACGAAUCUGAGAUUGUCCUGACAAACACCACAUUUAUUAAUUUCAACGUGGCAAAGUACUCCGUCUCCCCUGAUCUGAAAUAUGUGCUCUUCGCCUAUGAUGUGAAACAGGUUUACCGCCACUCCUACAUGGCCUCCUACAGUAUCUACAACAUUCACACACGGGAGGUGUGGGAGCUGGACCCCCCCGAGGUGGUGAACUCGGUGCUGCAGUACGCUGCCUGGGGGGUGCAGGGCCAACAGCUGAUCUACAUAUUUGAAAAUAACAUCUACUACCAAUCAGAUGUCAAGAGUAACUCCCUGAGGAUAACAUCUUCAGGGAAGGAAGGCAUCAUCUUCAACGGGAUCGCUGACUGGCUCUAUGAAGAGGAGAUCCUUCAGACCCAUGUGGCCCACUGGUGGUCCCCUGAUGGAGAGAGGCUGGCCUUCCUGGUCCUCAAUGACAGUCUGGUACCCAACAUGGCGCUGCCCCGCUUCACCGGCAUGACUUACCCCAAAGGGAAGCAGUACCCCUACCCCAAGGCGGGCCAACCUAACCCGGUGGUGAAGCUGUACGUGGUGAAUCUUUACGGGCCGACGCACACGCUGGAGCUCAUGCCUCCAGAGACACUCAAGCUGCGUGAACAUUAUGUGACCAUGGUGAAAUGGAUCAGUAAGACCAAGACGUCGGUCAGGUGGCUGAACCGAGCCCAGAACAUCUCCAUCCUGACGGUGUGUGACACCACCACCGGAGCCUGCGUCACGAAACAUGAAGAAAGCUCGGAGCUCUGGCUCUCCAAGCAGAACCAAGAACCUGUGUUCUCCAAAGAUGGCAGCCAGUUCUUCCUGACGGUCCCGGUGAAACAGGGAGGCCGUGGAGAGUUCCAUCACAUCGCCAUGUUCACCACACAGUUCAGAGCAGAUCAGAAUGAAGUGCGCCAUCUGACCUCGGGGAACUGGGAGGUGACCCGGAUCAUCGCCUACGAUGAGAACACUGACAACCUUUAUUUUAUCAGCACAGAGGGAUCACCACGACGACGGCAGCUUUUCAGUGUGAAGACGGUGGGUCUGUUCCCACGCCGGUGUCUGACCUGCGAGCUGAACAAAGCUCACUGUCUGUACUUCGAUUCUGACAUCAGCCCCACCAACCAGCACAUUAUCCUGCGCUGUAAAGGUCCUGGAGCACCUACUGUGAUCUUACACAGCCUCAUUCAUUCAAAUUACUACAUCCUGGAGAACAACUUGCUGCUGAAGGCCGCCCUGCAGUCCAAAAGGAUCCAGAUGACCGACUUCAGAACCGUGCAGAUGGAACAUUUUGAUUUACCUUUAAAGAUCUCCUAUCCUCCAGACUUCUCUGAGUCCCGUCACUAUGGCCUACUGCUGCUUAUAGACAGCACCCCCGGUGGCCAGGCGGUGAGCGAGCGCUUCUCUCUGGGCUGGGACUCGGUGCUGGUCAGCUCAGACAGCGUCAUCGUGGCCCGUCUGGACGGCCGGGGCAGCGGCUUCCAGGGUCAGAGGGUCCUGCACGAGGUCCACCAGAGGCUGGGGACUGUGGACGUCCAGGACCAGAUCGCUGCAGUGGAAUUCAUGAUGACAUUUCCAUAUAUUGAUCGAACACGGAUAGCAGUGUUUGGAAAGGGUUAUGGAGCGUACAUAACAUUAAUGAUGCUCAAGUCCACGGACAGCCUCUUCAAAUGUGCAUGUGCGAUGUCUCCGGUGACGGACUGGAAACUCUACGCAUCAGCGUUCUCUGAGAGAUACCUGGGCAUGCCAUUACGGGAUGACAGCAGAUAUCAGUUUUCCAGCGUGCUGCAGAGUGUCCAGGCGCUGAAAGAGCAGACGCUGAUGCUGGUGCACGGCACAGCAGAUGCAAACAUUCACUUCCAGCAUACUGCUGAGCUCGUCAAGAACCUGGUGAAAGUUGGAGCAAACUACUCAAUGCAGAUCUACCCCGAUGAGGGCCACUUCCUGUCCCAGCAGAGUCGCGUGCACCUAUACGCCACGCUGACCAGCUUCUACAGGGAGUGUCUGAAGGAGGAGCUCCUACCGCUGCCCGAUGACGAAGAGGAGGAGGAGGAGGAGUAGGGGGAGGCUUUGAGGGUCGGACCUUUGGCAGAGCUUGAAGGAUUUUGCAAAAAUCUGUCAAGGCCUUAUUGGACCAAGUGUUUAGCGUGACAUGGACAUUGGGUUAGCGCUGCUAAUGCUCCUAAAGUGUGUGUGCGGCUGUGUGUGUGUGAGCACUCCAGUGUGUGACUGUGUACGUGUAAAUGUGUUGAAAAGAUAACUGAAGGACACAACAGUGACACUUGCGUUGAGGCGGGAACUGGCCUCCAGUCGUCUCCAUUUUUGGACGCUUCGUUUCUUGGCAAAGCGCACAGAAGAGAUCCUCCAUGUUUCGUCUUCAUCCACAGUGCAUGGUUCUUUUCCCCCUCACACAUCUCGACAUGUUAGUCCCCAUGGUGGUAACUCUUGCAGAGGAAGAACACAGCUGUGCACUUUGAACUCACCUCUCCUUUGGUUGAUGAAAUGUUGCACAGAUAAAGAGGAAAUGUUUAGUCACUCAAGUUCACCACAACAGAGCCCAUCCUGAAUAAGAGCUACUUCCUGCUGAAACCCCCCCCAUCGCCCACCCUUAAUAUAAACAAGUGUGUAUAGGUCACACUUUAUUGUACAGGGGUCUUGAGUAGACAUGUACAAUGCCUUAUGAGGUUCAACAUACUGUAAUAUUACUUGCUGGCAGUGGUAGUCAUACAUUAGCAGUGUCAUGCUAACCUUGGUCAACUCAGGUCCUCGAGACAUGACUCCAUCAUCAGUUUAGCAUCAGCUACGACACUAUAGCAGCUGGACGCUUAGGAACAAGUGAUGCAUACCACGGUAUGAAGAUUACUGAAAUGUGGUUUACACUUAAAGGGAUAGCUUAUAUGUUUUGACAUGCGCUUCUAUGCGUUACUUAUCUCCAGUGGUGGAAAAUAACUGAGAAUAUUAUUAAGUACAUUACAUUUAGUAUUGUUUUUAUGUAAUGUUUUUACAUAUUUAUAAUUACUUGAGUUUUUCCAUGUAAUGCUAAUGUGUAGUUCUACUUCUGUACAUUUCAUAGGCACAUGGAGUACUUUUAAUCCACUCUAUUUAUUUGAACACUCAGUUACUUUGUACACAUGUAAUGAUAUAAUGAUUGUAUAAUGCAGUACUGUACUACUUAAAGUAUUUAAAUUUGGUCAACACCAACUAAAAUAUAAAAAUGCUCUCACAUGUAUAGAAACAGGAUAAAAUAAUAACUAUGAUGAUAUAAUACUGUAACAAAUAUCCAUUCUGCACAACAAAUACUUUUACUGUUGAUACUCACUUAAACAUCGUUUUAAAAUCAGGACUCUUACUUGUAGUGGAGUAUUUUGAGACCAAUGAUUUGUACUUCUACUUGAGUAAAGGAUGUGAGUACUUCUUGCAGCACUGCUUUUCUUAGUCAGAGUGCUAGGUUCAGGAACACACAGGAUAACUAGCAGGAAGCUGGGGAAUGUAUUGUUUUGGACAAGGGACACAGCCAAUCAUAUUUAAGACCCCUAUAAGAAGGCCCAUCCAGAACACCUACCCCCAGCUCUACCCUCCACAGAGCUACAGAACAUAUAUUGUAUUCCAGGAGCUGCUAUUGAAUCUCUGCUUGGAUUGGUUACUUUAUUUUUGAUGUUGUGAAACUUUGGUGACUCCAUCAAACAGAAACCUAAAGUAACUAACAGACCAAUGACAUAGCAGCAACCCCCAGGGUCUGCAGGGUUAAUGACUGCUUUACAAUGGAGUCUGGUGACAGUUCAACAGAGGGGGGGGAAGUACUGGUACUUUAGUACAAGUAGAACUACCAAAGUGUAAGAAUACUAUGUUAUAAGUAAGAGUCCUGCAUUCAAAAUGUUACUCUAUUCAAAUUAGAAAAGUAUUAGCAUCAAAACAUACUUGUAAGUAUAAGUACUCAUUAUGCACAUUGGUAAAUGUCAGAAUCAUGUAUAUAUUUUAAAUGUUGAUAAGGCAGAGCUAGUUUGAAUGACUUUGUUUGCUGAAGGAUAGACUGUGAUACUGAACAAAUGCUGUCUUUAAUUAAAUGUAUUAUGUAAACACUUUACACAUCAUGUGUGUGUAUACGUUUAGUUGAAAGCAAUAGUAUUAAGUUAAAAUAUGUUUUAUUUAAACAUAUUAGUUUUGGUUUCAACUAACCUAAAACACUUAGGUGUCAUUUGUUGACAUCAUACAUUUAAUUAAAUUUCAUUGUUGUCAGUGAAUUUACUCCAGGUGGAACUAAAGUCUGAUUCAACACUCAACACUAAAGUAACUAAAGGUAUCAACUACAGUGGCGAGCCGUGACUUUUAUACCUGGGCCCUCUGACCCCCCUUCCCUCGAAAAAAAUGAAGAGAUAUUACAGCGUAGACUUCAGCGGAAUAUCUAAACAGCGGCCCGGGGUGCAAAACGCAUCAAUGACAGCGACCCUCUACCACACAAAACAACACCAUUUAUAUAAACACCUAUCAUGACAGGGCACCCACAGCCAAGUAACAAUUACAAAUGAAUUAAGUCGGCACGGCGGCCCACAUUGAAAAUGACU